CGGCUUUCAUUGGCUGACAAAUGAGCAAUCCUCUGUUGUUCAUUAUAAAUUGAAAGGACGCCGCACGGCAAUAAAUGACCAAUGCGUGGUUAUUAAUGACAUGAAAAUUAUUCAAUCUACAUCCGACAUAAGAGCAAUAUUUGUGUCUGUAAGCGGCAACCCGGGACCGCUAUGUAUUUACCGGUAAACUAUGCUAGCCUUACGAGCUAACUAGCCAGCGACCAGCUACUCGUCGCGUCCUGUUCAUCUUCAUGGGCUUCCGCUGUUGAUUCUUCCAGGCUUGUGCUGGGGGCAGCGAGGCUAACAAAUUGAUGCCAUCCGCCAGGAAUUCGGGCCACAUUAUGAGCGGGGCGGGUUACAAAGCGAACGGCGCCGUGUACCCCGCCUCGUCGGCGAUGUUGAACUCCGUGAAGAAGCCGAAGAUGGAGCAGAUUCAGGCCGACCAUGAGCUUUUCUUGCAGGCCUUCGAAAAGCCAACACAGAUAUACAGAUUCCUUCGCACCAGGAACCUGAUUGCACCGAUAUUUUUGCACAGGACUCUCACCUUCAUGUCCCAUAGAAAUGGUCGCUCAAAUGCCAAAAGGAAAGCAUUCAAAGUAGAUAACAUGUUACAAACUGUAGAGAAGAUGAAGGGAGAGCAGGAAUCUCCCAGCUUGUCAUCACAUCUGCAGUUAACCUUCACUGGGUUCUUCCAUAAGGAUGAAAAGCCAUCUCAGAACUCGGAGAAUGGGCAAAAUUCUGUCUCCUUGGAGGUGCUACUUGUCAAAGUCUGCCAUAAAAAACGCAAGGAUGUCAGCUGCCCGGUUAAGCAAGUGCCUACAGGUAAAAAGCAGGUGCCUUUGAAUCCUGACAGCCAGCAAAGCAAGCUGGCUUCCUGUCCCUCCUUAGUGGUGUCCAGCAACGAGUUUGAGCCUAGCAACAUCCACAUGGUCAAAUCGUACUCGCUCCUCUUCAGGGUGUCACGCACGGGCCGGAGGGACGCCAAUGGCCUUCCCAACGGUGAAGCUAACGAGAACAUUGAUGUGAGAGAUACUCAAAGUAGAAAGAAGAGGAAUUCCUCUGCUAAGGACGAAGGGGACGCAACCGAGACAUAUGUUGCUCAAAUGACAGUCUUUGAUAAGAACAGAAGGUUGCAGUUGCUGGAUGGAGAGUAUGAGGUGUCCAUGCAGGGAAUGCAGGACAGCCCCGUGAGCAAGAAGCGAGCCACGUGGGAGACGAUUCUCGACGGCAAGAGGCUACCACCGUUUGAAGCAUUUUCUCAGGGACCCACGUUGCAAUUUACUCUGCGCUGGACCGGCGAGGCCAGUGGGAAGUCCACGGCCCCUGUCGCAAAACCUCUGGCUACCCGAAACUCUGACACCCAUGGCCCCAUGGAGACCAGGACUAGUCACCACAGAGCAACACCCUUAGCAGCGAAAGAGGCAGUCAGCACAGACAUCCAUGCGAGGAACGAAGCCGUCCCGUGCGAGCCGCGUCAAAAGUUACGGAUAUUUUAUCAGUUCCUGUACAACAACAAUACGCGGCAACAGACAGAGGCGAGGGACGACCUUCACUGUCCUUGGUGCACGCUGAACUGCAGCAAGCUCUACAGCCUCCUCAAACACCUCAAACUCUCCCACUCGCGCUUCAUCUUCAACUAUGUGCCUCACCCCAAAGGAGCGAGAAUAGACGUGUCCAUCAACGAGUGUUACGAUGGCUCGUACGUUGGCAAUCCUCAGGACAUCCACAGUCAACCGGGCUUUGCUUUCAGCCGCAACGGCCCCGUCAAGAGGACCGCUGUCACUCACAUUUUGGUUUGCAGGCCCAAGAGGACCAAGCCAAGCCUGUCCGAGUUUCUGGAGUUGGAGGACGGCGAGUUGGAGCCGCAACGGACCUAUGUGAGCGGACACAACCGUCUCUACUUCCACAGUGACAGCUGCAUGCCGCUGCGACCCCAGGAGAUGGAAGUGGACAGCGAGGAUGAGCGGGACCCCGAGUGGCUCCGAGAGAAAACGGCAACGCAACUGGAUGAGUUCACCGAUGUCAACGAAGGGGAGAAGGAGGUUAUGAAGCUAUGGAACCUUCAUGUCAUGCAGAACGGGUUCAUAGCCGACAACCAAAUGAACCAGGCCAUCAUGCUGUUCGUGGAGGACUGCGGCGCGCACAUUGUUCGCCGCAACCUCUGUCGCAACUUCCUCCUGCACCUGGUGAGCAUGCACGACUUCAACCUGGUAGGCACGGCCACCAUCGACCGGGCCAUGACGCGCCUGAAGCAGAUCCAGGAGGAUCUCCCCGAGGAUGCCGAAGAGCGGCAGGAACGUGCGCUCCUCGCAGCGGCGGGGAUCUGCAACGGCAAUGCGCCGUCCCCCGGUGCGGGGAAGCAGGGCAAGAGGACAAAAAGCGCUCUCACAGACUGAUGUGAGCCCCAUUCCUGGAACUUGUAGUAGUCACAGGGGAAGGUUUUUUUUUUUUUUCUCCCCCCCCCUUGUUUCAAUAAAUAUUUCCAGCCUUUUGGUGCUAAGAGGUGGUCAGCCGAGUGACUGACUGCAAACAAACAUUUUGUAAAACUUGAACUCAACCAAAUAUGAAUGAUGCACAAGUGACUUGCCCGCAUCAAAGAGGUUCUGGGUGAAUAUGAAUGCAUUCUAGGGGUGGGGAAGCCCCGAUUUAGGGGUACCGUUUUUUUCCAUGUAUAAUGCGCAAAAUCUAACUAAUUUAUUGUCCUAAAAUCUGGGGUGCACAUUGUACAU